AAUAGAGAAAUAGAAGCUGGCCAUUUUGCCCUGAUGGUUUCUGGGAUAUCGUCAGUGGCUCCGUUGAGUCGAGCGCGGCGCGCUCUCUUCUCCGGUUCUCAGUUUUCUCGCAUCCAACAUGGCAGGUCGAGGUGGUUAUGAAGAUUCUAGGGAUUUUUCCGGUGGUGGCUACCGAGGAAGCAGAAGACCCUUACCUACUGAACCCCCUUAUACACUUUAUAUGGGAAAUUUGCCGGAUGGAGUCGUUCAAAGGGACAUUGACAACAUAUUCUCUGAGUUGAGCAUUAAGAAUGUGAGAUUGGUGAAAGAUCGAGAAACUGACAAGUUCAAAGGUUUUUGCUACGUCGAAUUCUCCACACUAACUGACUUACAGAAUGCUCUAGAAAUGAGAGGUGCAAUAUUCGUCGAGCAGCAGGAAAUUAAAAUUGACAUUGCCGAGGGAAAAAGAGACAAUAGGGGGGGUGGAUUUGACAGAAGAGGAGGACGCAGUGGUGGCGGUGGACCUGGAUCUGGUGGAGGUUUUGCUUCUUCUUCUUCUAUGUACCCGAGAUCAUAUAAUGAUAGGAGGCAACAGGGCGGCGCUGGGGGAAGACCAGGUGGUGGUUAUGGAGGUGGGGAUAUGAGAGGAAAAAAUCAAGGAAGUUAUGCCAAUUUCAAUGACGAUGGCAAUCGUGAUUGGGCAUCACGUGCAGGCGGCGGCAGUGGGUCUGACCGUAGUGGUCCGAAAUCAUACGGGAGUGGUGGACCCGGCAGAAGCGCCUUGGGUGAGCGCAGAGGGGCCCCUGGUGAACGCAGCAAGUCCUUCCAGGAUGAACCAUUCCUCCAAGAUCCACCAGCAGACACAAGCGGACGAAAACGUCUGCAACUUCUCAAGCGAACUGUCAAAGAACCCGUCAAUGCAUUAGCUGCAUCCAGCAAAAGCAGUUCAAUUUACGGUGGAGCCAAGCCGCGAGAGGAAAAAGUUGGGGACAAUCCCAAUGAUAAAGCAGAGGAUAAACCCGAAGCAGACAAUUGAUUUGGCUAAAUAUUGGGUUUGUUUUUAAAACGAUGAUGUUUAUUGUAAAGACAAAAAAAAAUGAUAAAUCCAUAAAAACAAUCAUUAUGACCCUACCUAAUUUUUAUUUAGAAAAGUAUUUUCAGUUGAGCAGUUGAUUAUCAUGAGAGAAUUAUUGCAUUGGGGUGAAUUAUCACUGAAUAAAUGAAUUAAAUGAAUAACGAUAGUGAUUUUUAAUUGAUGAAUGAAGCAUGCGUGAUUUAAUGAGCGCACCAACUAUUAUGCAUCAGUAAGAGCAAUUUCAUUAUCGAGGACAUUUUAUCAAUUCAGGUGGAUUAAUCGAUAAAAUGCAGGGUUUUUAUUGUCAUUCAGAGACAUUGAAUGAUUUUAAAUAUCACGAUAAUGAUGCUAGGAAAUUUGUCUCUUGUAAUUUUCAUUGUAAAUGUUAAUUGUACCGGCGUUGAUGUAUUUUGUAAGUCGGCCUCUAAUAUACUGAUAAUUUAAUUAAA